CUGCGAAGAAGGUGAAGACAAUCAAAGAGAAAACUAAAGCUAUUCUAGAGAGUGAUACCAAUUCAAACUUCAUUGUGGAUAUCCUGGAAUUAUCAGAAACCCAAGACGAGAAAGUUUUGGUGGGAUUCAUAAGGUCAGCGCACAAAAUUUUCACAACUUUUUCAUCGCGGGGAAAGCUGUUUCGAUCGUCGAAACAAACGCGUUCCCUUGAAGAAGAAGGGAGUCCAGAUCCUCAAGAUGUUUUCAGAUCCUGGCUACACGAUAAAUAUUUGUUGAACUUGACUCGGCUUCUACAUUUGCUUCGUGUCGGAUCACAAAACGUAAAGGAGUUUGCUCUUUGUACCUUGAUGAAGUUUCUCGUGGAGGAGGCAAAACACGACAGGAACUCGAAAUCUACCGAUCGUUUUCCUACAGUUCUAUUUAAGAAAACUUGCGAUGCGUUGUUUGAUGGCAGGUACAGUAUGAAGAACUGUAUCGAAAGGUUUGCUGAGUACUUAGAAUAUGAUGAUGUCAGGUUUUACGUGCUCAAAAAUCUGACAAAAGUCCUCGGAGACGCUUUAAAUAGCGAAGAAAGCCAACGUCGGUUUCUUGUAGAAAAUGCAUUCGCAAUGCUAAGCCAGGUGAAAAUGAAGAAGCAAAACGAGGAUAUAACGAAUCUUUUGAUAGAAGUAAAGCAACGAAAAAAUGAAAAUAGUGAGAGGAAUGAGUACAGCUUUCUAGAGUUGAAGAAUCAUCAAAAAGCCUUUAGUUCUGCCUGGCUUGCACUACUGAGGCUUCCAUUGUCAUCUGAAGUUCAUAAGAAGGUUUUACUCAACUUACAUACAGAUGUGUUACCACACAUGACAGAUCCAAAACUGCUUAUGGAUUUUCUCACUGACUCUUACAACACUGGUGGUGUAACAAGCCUUUUGGCACUCAACAGCCUUUUUGUACUUAUCCACCAGUAUAACCUGGACUAUCCUGACUUUUUUAAGAAGCUUUAUGCAUUGUUUGAACCAAACAUUUUUUAUUUGAAGUACCAAGCAAGGUUCUUCCACUUGGCAGAUUUGUUCCUGAUGUCCACCCAUCUUCCAGCAUACCUGGUGGCAGCCUUUGUCAAAAGAUUGUCACGCCUUGCUUUAUCUGCUCCCCCAUCUGGCGCAAUGUUGGCCAUACCUUUCGUCUGCAAUCUCAUGAAACGACAUCCAAGUGUUGCAGUUCUUAUCCAUCGCAAACAAGCGGGAAAACUGUUGCUUGAUCAUGGCACAGAAGAGAACAUUGCAGAUCUCAGCAAAGGUGAUCCAUUCAUUGCCGAUGAACCUGACCCUGCUAAAUGCAAUGCCAUGAAGAGUUCCUUGUGGGAACUAAAAUCUUUGCAGAGUCACUUCUAUCCUUUUGUGGCAUCCCUUGUGGAAAUUCUAGAGAAGCCUCUCAACACUGGUGAAACCGACAUCUCAAAGUACUUUGAUGAUGGUUAUAACCAACUGUUUCAGAGAGAGUGUAUUAAGAUUACAGAUCAGAAUGCACAUUUGGAGUUCCAAGUUCCCAAGAGUCUUAUCAGUAAGGAUAUGGCAGAGAGAUGGGUCUUGGAAUAGAUUUUCAAUCUGUAAGAAUUUCAAUGGUGAAGCAUCCAACAUCCACUUUUGUCGCUCAGUGGGUACUCUUACGUUCAUGUAAUUACAAUAAUUAAAAAAAAAAUAAGAAAUUCGUUGAAAAAUUGUUAAAUUAGGUAUUCAAAUUCCUACUUUUUUCUUUUAUCCUCUUUCAAGGUUUCUGACACAAAAUUCUCGUAACUUAUUUACAAGGAAAUGUGUAGCAGCCACAGGGGAAGAUUAACAAUCAGAUUUUGAGAGUCGAGGGUUUAACAAUACAAAGUUUUUCAUGCUCUUGCAUCUAAUUAUUAUUCAGUUCAAAUACUCCGACUUCAUGUCAUUUACUGAAACAAAAUUGAAUGAAGCGUUUCCAAACGUUAAUUGUAGUGCGGACCUCCUAUUGGUUGACAUAGUUCCCUACGUCAAUAAUUCAACCUCGAAAAUACAAUAAUAUAGUUUAUUUAAUGAAACCUGGCCAACUUGAACUGGAAGUUUAUUAAGAAAAAGAAAAGCGUUCUUCUCAGUCUGUUCUUUCACAGCUGCGAUCAAAAUGCUUUUUCCCGGAGGAAACAUGUCAGACGUUUAGGUUGAAGUUAAUUUGUAGAGGGCCAGAGACUGAAUGAGACUCAGAGAUAUUUCCCUUACCGCGGCAGAAAAGAUGAAGCGCUUGGAAAACGCGAGAAGGCGAAACUUGUACAGAGUCUUUAAGGAUUAAAUUUAAGGAUUCCACUCAAUCAAGUCUAUUUGACGAGAAAUCAGGCAUGGGAACAUCAUAUAGCACAUGGAGACUUCACAAAAAGACGUCAAGACCGCGAAAAUUGAGCGACAUGGCGAUCAGAGGAUCUGUCAAACGUGGCGGAAUGAAAAAAAGUAAAAGUGAGGGUAACUUAGUGGACGAUAUAUCUACCCACAAAGUACACACCAAUCCGUUAUAUCGCCAUCAAGAUUUGUUCGAUAAUGACAUGUUUUUCGAGGAGAUCUUGGCAAAGAUAGAGCGAGAAGCGGCCAGGUUAUCAAGUUCCGAUAGAAACGGUGAAAGCCUAAGAGGCUUUGACUCAUUUAUGAUGUAUUAGACUAAGAUCAUAUCAUUGCAAAGAAUAGUCGCUGCAAAAUCGCAGCAAAGACACAAAAUACGCGUCAGGUCUAUGACUUGUGUUAAGAUCACCCGUGGAAAAGUAGCGAUGUAUUUACAACACAACUGAGAUAUCUUUUCAUUAGGCGUCCAUUCAGAGAUCUUAAUUGCUGUAACUUAUGUUAGGACACCCUUAUGAGUACUGCUUAAACCUUUGCUGCAAAGAGACUUUAUAUGAAAGAAACUUUUAGCGGUGGAAUUCAAGGCUAGUAAGCAAGAGAAUGGAGUUUGUUUGCGCUAUAGAGUCGCCAAGGCUGCAAAAAGACGUGUUUGUCAGUAAAUUAUUCGCCAAACAAUUAACUUGAACUCGUAACAUCUUUUUAAGAUAGUGGCGUCGGUUAGAACAUGCAAUUGUUAUAUAUAAAGGCGUCAAGCCCACAAAUAAGGGAGAUCAUUGAUAUAUCUGAGAAAAUAUAUGAUAUUUAAAGAGAUAAGGAUA